AAAGCCACACCCAUCGUUAGCCACCUGACAAGGAGCAGGAAGCAAAGACACAACGCAGGCACUCUGUGGGCCUAACCGGGACGCAAUCUACAGACUUCAAAAAUGAUCAUCAAAAAUCACAUCCUAAUAACUGUUUUUGUUUUUUCCUUUAUUUCUGGGAUCGAUAACAAAGAUGCUUUCCAGGGGUUUACAUCAAAGCUUUCCAAGUAUUCCAUUGUAAAUCCUCAAGCGAUUCAUAGAGGGUCUAGGAGCAUCAACAGACAACAUCAUUUAAAAGAUAAAUAUGGAGAUGAGACAGUGUCAUAUGCAGUCAACAUAAACAACCAAAAGCAUGUCAUUCAUCUAAAAAAGAACAGAGACUUCUUACACCCAAAUUUUGUUCAAUAUUCACGUGACGCUGCCGGGAACUACAACACAUCGUAUCCGAAAGAACAUGUACAUUGUUAUUACCAUGGGGAGGUGGAAGGCUAUAAGGAUUCAAUGGUAGCGCUGAGCACGUGCUCUGGUCUCAGGGGUGUGAUCUUCUUUGAAAAUAAGGCCUUUGGCCUGGAGCCUGUGCCACAGUCCACCACCAAUGACCACCUUCUCUACCUUUUGGAGGACGUUCAGACCGAGCCCAUCACCUGUGGAGUCGUUACUGAGGCUACUUCAGUGCCGAGCCACGAACCCUUUGAGCCUGGCCAAUCCCUGACUUCUCUGCUGCGGAGAAAACGCAAUUUACCACAGACCAGUUAUGUGGAGUUGGUGCUGGUUGUGGAUAAUCUCAGGUAUACUUUUAAGAAAAACAAUGCAACAGCAGUGAGAGAGGAGAUGGUGCAAAUGGCUAAUCUACUGGACGGGUACUACAAGCAGCUGAACAUCCGAGUUGUCCUGGUGGGCCUGGAGAUUUUUAAGGAUAGUAAUCCUUUUAGUGUGGACGGCAGUGCAGGAAAUGUGUUGGGAAAUUUUGUUCAGUGGAGGAAGACUUUUCUGAUACCCAAAAUCAGGCAUGACAUUGGACAACUCAUUGUUGGUCAGUCUGGGGCAUAUCCAGGAGGUGUAUUAGGUAUGGCCUUUGUGGGCACAGUCUGCUCUGCCUCAAGUUCUGGAGGAAUCAAUGUGUUUAGCAACAACAAUUUGGCUUUUGUCUCCACUGUGGUGGCUCAUGAGAUGGGUCAUAACCUGGGCAUGAAUCAUGACUCUGCGAACUGCGCCUGUAAUGGAAAAAGCUGCAUCAUGUCAGGAGGUGCCAGUGGUGCCACAAAUUUUAGCCAGUGCAGUGAAGCAGAUUUUGAAGCACUGAUUUUAAGAGGAGGAGGCCUGUGUCUGAGAAAUCAGCCCGCUGCAUCAAAUGUGAUUAGCAAUCCUGAGUGUGGCAACGGCCUACUGGAACAAGGGGAGCAGUGUGAUUGUGGCAAACCACAGGAAUGUACGAAUAAGUGCUGCAAUGCUGCCACAUGUACAUUUACCCACGGAUCUGCAUGUGCUCACGGAGCAUGUUGUGAAAACUGUCAGCUGAAAGUUGCAGGAACGCCAUGCAGAAAUUCUGUCAAUACCUGUGAUCUUCCUGAAUAUUGUAAUGGAAGAAAUGAAUCCUGUCCGAAUGACUUUUAUCUCAUGGAUGGUCUGCCCUGUGAAAACAAUGCUGCGUAUUGCUAUGAAGGACGCUGCCAGACAUAUGAUUAUCAGUGCGGACAUCUGUUUGCACCAGAUAAUGCAAUAAAAGCAGCAGAUAUUUGUUUCCAAGUUGCAAAUAUUCAGGGAGAUCAGUUUGGUAACUGUGGAUCCAACAGCAAUGGAAACUACAUCAAAUGUACUUUAGCAAAUACCAUGUGUGGAAAGGUGCAGUGCACCAACGUGAAUGUGAAUAACCCUCCUCCUGGUGCCACAGUCACUAUCAAAAUAGUUGCUGGGAAGACUUGUGUUAAUGCAGACUUCAACCUUGGCACAGAUGUGCUGGACCCAGCCUAUGUUAACCCUGGCAGCCCCUGUGCUACAGGAAAGACCUGUGUGAACUUUCAGUGUGUGAAUGCCUCUGCUCUCCUGCCCAACUUGAUCUGUGAUGCAAAAACCACCUGUAAUGGCCGAGGGGUUUGUAACAACCUAGGUCACUGCCACUGUGAAAAUGGCUGGGGCCCACCCUACUGUGACAGGUCAGGGUGGGGUGGCAGCAUAGACAGCGGCCCUGCUCAAAUAGACUACUCCCUCAGAAACGGCCUGCUGAUCUUCUUCCUCUUGGUGGUUCCUCUUCUGGUUCUUCUCAUUUUGGUGCUCCUUUACAUCUUUAGGAGAGAGUCCUUAGAGCCUUGCCUCAAAAGGUUACGUAAGACUCAGACCAAAAACACAAAUGCAGGCUCAAACAGCAAUGCUCAAACGGGUGCCAGACCCAUACCUCCACCUGAGCGUCCCACCAACCGGCCUGCAUUUCCAGCAGCUGCCUCAACUCCAGUUUCUGGUUUCAAGUACGGAGAAACGAACUACUGGGAUGAUGAAAACAGUCAUGACCCCCCUGAACAACCACCUCCUGUACAAGGCCCUGGAGUACCCAGACCAAUCCAACCGAAACAUCUACCAAGCUAAUUGCUUUCAUACAGUAUCAUUUAAAUUAUUUUCUGAAGUUAUGAAUUUGCUACAGAUCAAAACUGUAUGAAGAGACUAUUUUAAAAUACUAAUUAAAGGCACGCUGUUUGUAAGAUUGACUGUUAUUAUGUGGUAGUGGAUGAGGCUGGUAAAUGUUUACUGACUGUUUUAUUAGGUCUUUUUACUAUUUGGGGAUACAUGCAAAUAAAAUUCAAAAAGAGUUUUAUAUUUUACAUCAUCGUGCUUUUAAAAAAAUAAAUAUUAUUGAUGUUUCUUGCAGUUAAAUGCAAUUGUUAUAAUGUGUGCGAUGUAAUAAUGAAGGGUAUCAAAAAUGGACUUUGAUUGUUUCGUUGUAACUGAGUAAAAAAUUCUUGUGGCUUUUAAAUUAUUUCUACACUAAGAAUAGAAACAGAAACACUGUGUGUAGAAUCAUAGAGUCAAAAUGGCAAAAAAAUAAAUAAAAUGUAAAACUAAAUAAAGCUUCAGCAUCCAGCCCAUUUUGGCCACUUAAGAUGUGUUGAUAGAACUGCAAUUUAUUUAUUUUGAAAUUUCUGUUGCCCUCAAUACUAUGCCUCUUUUUUACUCUUUUGUUUUUGUUUUUUAAAUAAAGGGUAUAUAAAAGUGGCUUUGCCAAUAACAACUUCUUGAGGCUUCUACCUUGUGACAGGAAUGUGACUCAAAACUAACUUGAAAUCAUUUCAUCACAUCAGAUAUUUUUGACAUAUUUUGAAAGAUGAUAGAAUAUUAUUUCAAACAUGCAAAUAUAAUUGAAAUAACAAGAGAGAAAAAACAAAACUUAAAAAUCAUCAAGUUUUCAUAUAUAUUUCUACAUAAUGUGUGUGCUUGAAAAGGAGUAGGAUGAAGUUUACACUUUUCCUGUUCCUACCCCCUUAUUUCAAAUUUCAUUGCUUACAAAUCCAUAUCCAGAAUUCAACAUUAUUUGAUCCAUAUAUGUUUAACUGUGUACAAGUCUAACACAUUGAACAUACACAAAUAAAACCAUUUUCAGCACAUAAACCAAAACAACAACAAACUACAUUUUUACAUAAACUAAUCACCCUGUG